GAACAUGUACUACUCGUCUUCGAGCAGAUCGAACGCGAAAGGCGCUGAACUGCUCACCGUCGGCUCUGGACUGCUCACCGACGCCGUCGCCGAGAAGUUCACGGAGCUGUUCGCCAAGCUUGACUCGGAGUAUCGAGGCGAUCCGGGAGGUGCAGCUGUCGAACGGUGACCCGCGCGGGACCUUGCGCUUGAAGCCGCUCCGUGACGUUGCGGCUAACAACCAGUUGAUUGUCAAGGGUCAGAUUCGCAACGAGCUCGAGGGCCUUUUCGAAGACACCCCAGUGCUCAAAGGGUGGUCUAUUGACCCGUCUGUGGGCAACUGGUUCAUUUUCGCUUCGAACGAUGCCUCGGGUGAUGCGGUGCAGCUCUUUAAUGUGUCGAAGCCCACGUCGUGGUUCGAGAUGCCUCGGUCUCCCGCGUUCGCUUGCCACUUCGCCGUUAUCGGUAUCAGUGGGAAGCAGCAGUUGGGUCUGGGUCUCAGGUCAGUUGACGCUUUUACGUAUGCAAAUGUUUUUCUGAGGGUGCUCCGCUGGGGGCUGGGUGGCUGA